AUGGGACCAGAGUUGACCCCUAUGAUUAAGAAGCAACCACUUCACCAACUACACGUGGUUUCGCUCAACAGCAGCGUUGAGUGGAACGCGACAGUGCAGGCCGAGAGCCAUAUUCGGAGGUGCUUGGUGUUUAAGCAACAACCGGGCGACAUGAAGGUCCGUACUAGACGUCGCAACGUAUAA